AUGUCGAAGAACUUUAGCAAAGGCACAAAGGCUCAAUUGUCCUUUAGGCCCUCUUGGAGGACAACAAAUGAUGCAAUUUCUAAACUUGGCCAACAGCCAUUAGUGCCAACAACAACAAUGGCAACAGUCAACGCCAAGAACAAGGCCGCAACAAAAACCCAUACAACAAUAGCUAGCAAAUGGAGAAAAACCGCAAAAACCAUUAUCACUUUUAUAGCGGCCUAUUUCGAGGAUAGCAACAUACACGGUUUGAAAUAUGUGGUCAAACGAAAUCUAACAACAAUUGAAAAAUGCUUUUGGUUGAUGCUCUUAAUUAUAUCGGUGUUUUUUUGUGUGCAAGUUUGUAUGCAAUCUGUCGAUCGUUAUUACACCAAGAGUACGGUGAUGGGCCUGGAGCGUAACUUCCACUAUUUCAAUACAACCUUGCCCAGUGUGACCAUAUGUCCACUACAACGUUUAAAUGAUGAGCUAUACAAGGAAUACAUCCGGCAAUACAAUUUAACUGACCCCGAAUCUAAAGACCUAUUUAACCUUAUCGAACACUUGGCCAACUCUACGUACAUCAACUUUCGCAAUUUACCCAACAAUAGAAGUACCGACAAACUUUUGGAUCGCAUCGGCAUAACUCCCAACUUGUACAUGGAACUUAUUUACAAUCUAACCGGCGACGAUUCAAUGAGGACUGAAGAAGAUCUGUUUGAAGACAAAGUGCAUAGCAAUUCAGGCACCGAGAUUAUUUUAGAGGCACGACAAAUACUAACCGAAUAUGGCCUGUGUUAUGUGACGAAUACUGAUCUGUCGGACAAGUACAGCUCGAGGUAUAUGAUUUUGGGGGAGGUGCCACACAACUAUCUUCGAGGACGCCAAUAUUUUCGCAAGGUUAUACAUACCAAUUACUUUUCAAGUGAUACAUAUUAUCAUUUUAGAGGUUUCGGCAUCAAACCCAUCGAUAGCUUUGUGCAUAGUACUUACGAAGUUAUGCAAUUGGAACAUAAUUUGGGCUAUUCGAAUACACCUUAUAAGGUGCUUGUCGACAGUGUGGAGAUUACAACUGACGAAGGUUUGGAAAUUGAUACCACUGUUGAUCAAAGGAAAUGCCGAUUUCAACACGAAUCCAAUUUGACGCAUUUCCCUAUUUAUACACGAAACCUUUGUCUGCAAGAAUGUCGUUUAAAUUUGGUCCAUGACAUCUGCAAAUGUAUACCGCAUUUUUAUCCAAAUCGCAUUCCAAAUCCAAAACCGGUGUGCCACUAUCGUACCCUAUUGGAGUGCUUUGCAGAAAAUGAAAAAUAUUUUAUUAAAUUGUAUAAAAUCAAUGGCAAGGGCAAAAGAGAAUUGGCUGGAUGUUACUGUAUGCAAAAUUGCAGAGAUGCCAUUAUCAAUAAAGUCGAACAUAUUAGUCUGCCGAAUGCUGACUUUUUGUUUGGUGGCAAUAGCUUCAUGUUUGUCCUAGAAGCCAAGCCUACAUAUCGCUUGAAGCGUUUAGUUGUAUUCACCUUUACCGAAUUGUUGGUUUCCAUUGGAGGCAUUGCUGGAUUCUUUUUGGGCUUUAGCGUUUUGUGUUUGACUGUAACCAAGGUAGAGGUGAUACCACGGUGCGCGCAUAAGCCAACUCUAAUCCCCGGAGUAAGCUCACCGCUUGAAGACAACGAAAUACCGAACAAUCCAACAGCCGGAUAA